AAAAGGAACAAAGAAUAGAAAUACAUUUUCUCAACAGAGGCUGAGGUGAUAGAGGUAAAAAUCAGCGUGAGCAAUUAACAGUCAUUCACAGUAACAUGGUACAACAAGAUUCAGAGUCAACAUCUGGAGUCAAAUAGAAUGGAAUAGAAACAUUUCCCAAGGAGAUCAUACUUUGGAAGAGGACAAUAAAUCACUGUUGCUAGUUACCUCAAACAAAUGCAAGCAAAACUUCCGAUCGAAACCUUGUGAUGCACCUCCGCCGUGCGUGCGAACGUAUCAAUCCACAAAAUAAAGUUUUCAAGGAACGAUCCAGACUGCAGGAUUAACUGCUCAAUUAGGUGUUUAUUAUUCAACACAACAUGUUUCGAGUCUCAAUGGACUCUUUGUCAAGUGUAUACAAAGGAUGUGAAACAAUGUAUAAUAUAGUGUUUAACAGGAAAUGACAUCAAAGCGUUAAGCCCAUCCUCCAAGUGAAAAACAGGUGGGGGAAAAAAAGAACAAUGUUUCAAAAGUAAAUAAUAUUACAAAAGUAAAUAGAGAUAACUUCAGUUUGCAACAAUGUAAAAUGUGUCCUUAUGUAAUAGAGUACAAUUUCAACAGGCUAAAGGCCUUUGUGCUUCUCAUUCAAUUUUUAUUCGUGAUACGCUUCAGCUGUCACCAAGUGCUGUAAAGAAAGGAAAAUAUCAAUACAAUAUAAACGAGAGUAAAAGAAGGGUUAAAAACAGGGGACCAAUGGGCAUUUAAAGAACAUAUCAUCCAGUAUUUUCGAUAUGUGGAUGAUAUCCUUAUCUUUUGGAAGGGCCCUGUCCAAACCUUUGAGGAGAUGAUCGUAGAAGCCAAUAAAGCCCAUAAAACCAUUAAAUUUACAUCAGAAGUUGGUGGACUCUCGUUGAACUUCCUGGAUGUACACCUUACAAUCGCUGAAGGUCGUGUGCAUACUAGCCUGUACAGGAAGGAUACCGAUAGGAAUAAUGUCCUGCAUGCCAAAAGUUUUCAUGCCCCCAAUGUGGUUAAAGCCAUCCCAAAAGGGCAGUUCCUACGGGCCCGUAGGAUUUCAUCUGAUAUAGAGAAGUUUGAAAACGCUACCGCGAAUUUGAAAAAAAGAUUCCUGGAUAGGGGGUACAACAAAAAGUCCAUUAAUAAAUGUAUCGAAGAUACACAUAAAAUUGAGAGGAAAGAACUACUGACUUAUAAACCUAAAAAAGAAAGUAAAAGGCUACCAUUUGUAUCUACGUUUAGCGCGAACAGUAAAGCUAUUGAAAAUACCAUACGUAAAUAUUGGCCUAUUGUCCAACAGGACAAUAUUUUGGGUAAAUGUGUCCCUAAUACCCCUCUAUUCAGUUACAAAAGAGGAUGCAACCUAAGAGACAUCCUGUGUCCAUCAGAGGUUAACCCCUUGGGCCCACGUACACAAAGGUUUAUUGGAAGACCAAAGAAGGGUACGUUUGCAUGCUUAAAUUGCGUAUGCUGUACAUCUAUUAUUAAAGGAGACAAUAUCAACCACCCAUGUGAUGGGACCCCCAUACGUCUACGACACUAUGCCACAUGCGACACCUGUAAUGUGGUGUACUUGCUUAAAUGCCCAUGCGGGAUGGCAUAUGUAGGCCAGACAGGGAGACAAGUCAAAUCAAGAAUCAAAGAACAUCGAGGCUAUAUUAGGAACUUUAAAAAGGAUACUUAUUCGGACACAGCAGUUUCUAGGCAUUUUUCAGCUAUGAGUCAUAACGUAAACCAGCUAAAAUGGUUAGUUUUGGAGGUCGUACAUAAUCCCCCAAGAGGUGGGGAUUUGAAACUGCGAUUGUCUCAAAGAGAGAUGUAUUGGAUUAGAAAGCUAAACACCGUAAACCCUAAAGGGUUAAACGAAUCGUGGAGUGUAAAAAGCUUCUUAUGAAACGUUGCUGACACUAAUCUCUAUGUUUAUCUCUCUUCCAGAUUUUGACCCCAUAGCUACACAUUCAGAAUGUUUCAGAAUCCAGUUAUGCACUUGGUGACAGCUGAAGCGUAUCACGAAUAAAAAUUGAAUGAGAAGCACAAAGGCCUUUAGCCUGUUGAAAUUGUACUCUAUUACAUAAGGACACGUUUUACAUUGUUGCAAACUGAAGUUAUCUCUAUUUACUUUUGUAAUAUUAUUUACUUUUGAAACAUUGUUCUUUUUUCCCCCCACCUGUUUUUCACUUGGAGGAUGGGCUUAACGCUUUGAUGUCAUUUCCUGUUAAACACUAUAUUAUACAUUGUUUCACAUCCUUUGUAUACACUUGACAAAGAGUCCAUUGAGACUCGAAACAUGUUGUGUUGAAUAAUAAACACCUAAUUGAGCAGUUAAU